ACAGACGUCAAAAGGCCUUUCAGCUGCUCUCAGUGUGGAUACUGCAAGCACGGACAGAGAAGAAGCCUUAUUAAACACAUGAGAAUUCAUACGGGGGAAAAACCUUUCAGCUGCUCUCAAUGCGGAAACACUUUCACGUGUAAGAAAAACCUGAAGAAUCACAUGUUAAUUCACGCCGGGAUAAAGCCUUUUACCUGCUCUCAGUGUGGGAAGAGUUUUACCAGGAAAAGUCAACUUAAGGAUCACAUGCAUAUCCACUCUUCAGAAAAACCUUUCAGCUGCUCUCAGUGCGGAAAGAGUUUCACGCGUAAAACAAACCUUAAGACUCACAUGUUAAUUCACGAUGGAAUAAAGCCUUUCAGCUGCUCUGAGUGUGGAAAGACUUUCACUCAGAAAGGACACCUUAAGGAUCAUCUGGUAACUCACUCUUCAGAAAAGCCUUUCAGCUGCUCUCAGUGCGGAAGCACCUUCACUCGUAAAGCGGACCUUAAGAAGCACAUGUUAAUUCAUAACGGAAUAAAGCCUUUUACCUGCUCUCAGUGUGGGAAGAGUUUCACACAGAAAGUAAGCCUGAUGAAACACAUGAGAAUUCACAGCAGGGGAAAGCGUUAUAGCUGCUCUCAGUGAAGAACGAACACCUUACGUAUCACGUUAAUUCAUGCUGGAAUAAAAUGUUCACGUGCUGUCCGUGUGUAUGGAGUUUACAUUCAUUCAUUUUGCAGAUGCUUUUAUCUAAGUGACUUACAAUUUACAAAGCUAUAAAACAAUGUAAUAUGUUCUGUUUACAUACAACACACUAAUAAAUAUACCAUGUACGUUAAAA